AUUUGAAAUGUCCGGCCCUCAGCAGGAGAAAACGAGCCACGACUAUAAUGGACGUAACAACUAGCUUGGCAAGUCAAUAUGAGGACCAACUGCAACGUGAAUGUUGUUUGGAUGGCAUGAGGGAAACCCCCAUUCCAUACACUUGUGAGAGGCGCAGCGAGUACAUCAAUGAUGGUACAGCCUGUGUUGAGGCUUUCCUGCGCUGCUGCAAGGAGAUGGAAAUCCAGCGAGCUGAGAUGAAGGAGGAUAGCCUGCGACUGGCUCGAACUGAAGAGGAAGACAGUUACUUGGACAGCAAUGAAAUUGUUUCUCGCACCAACUUCCCUGAAAGUUGGCUGUGGUCAGAUAUCACGCUGCCCCCUUGCCCUGAUAGUAAACCUAAUUGUGACACCACAUCAGUGACAAAAAGUGUUCCUUUGCAAGACUCAAUCACAACCUGGCAGUUCACUGGCAUCAGUCUGUCAAGAACUCUCGGUGUGGAUACAGCUGAAGUAACAUUGGGAGAAAACCUGAAAAUCAGCCUCAACCUCAAAAGGCCAGCAAGUACAGAAAAAGACAUCACAGCACUGGUACUGAGCAGAGGUCAGCUGGUGAAACACUACCGUUACAAGACAAAAGGUCAAAUGCUGAUAUCCAUGAUAGUCACCAUUACCAAAAACAUGCUGCCGUCAUUUCGUAUCAUAGCCUACUACCAUACAGAUGAAAAUGAAGUGGUAUCAGACUCUGUUUGGGUGGAUGCAGAGGACUCCUGCAUGGGCUCGUUAAAACUGGAACCAGCAGAACGCAAGACAACCUAUAUGCCUCGCAAAAUAUUUAACCUGAAGGUCACCGGAGAUCCAGGAGCCACAGUUGGACUGGUGGCAGUUGACAAAGGCGUCUAUGUCCUAAACAACAAGCACCGCCUCAACCAAAAAAAGGUGUGGGAGAUGGUAGAGACAUAUGACACAGGGUGUACACCAGGUGGAGGGAAGGAUGGUAUGAGUGUGUUUUACGAUGCUGGGCUGUUGUUUGAGUCCAACACAGCUUCUGGGACUCCCCACAGAGAAGAUUUGAAUUGUCCGGCCCUCAGCAGGAGAAAACGAGCCACGACUAUAAUGGACGUAACAACUAGCUUGGCAAGUCAAUAUGAGGACCAACUGCAACGUGAAUGUUGUUUGGAUGGCAUGAGGGAAACCCCCAUUCCAUACACUUGUGAGAGGCGCAGCGAGUACAUCAAUGAUGGUACAGCCUGUGUUGAGGCUUUCCUGCGCUGCUGCAAGGAGAUGGAAAUCCAGCGAGCUGAGAUGAAGGAGGAUAGCCUGCGACUGGCUCGAACUGAAGAGGAAGACAGUUACUUGGACAGCAAUGAAAUUGUUUCUCGCACCAACUUCCCUGAAAGUUGGCUGUGGUCAGAUAUCACGCUGCCCCCUUGCCCUGAUAGUAAACCUAAUUGUGACACCACAUCAGUGACAAAAAGUGUUCCUUUGCAAGACUCAAUCACAACCUGGCAGUUCACUGGCAUCAGUCUGUCAAGAACUCUCGGUAUUUGUGUGGCUGAACCAUUGGAGAUAAUUGUCAGGAAGAACUUCUUCAUUGAUCUCAGAUUGCCCUACUCUGCUGUUCGUGGAGAGCAGCUGGAAAUUAAAGCAGUCAUCCACAACUACAACCCCAAUAUUUCUACUGUAAGUCUGAAUCAUUCAA